ACCAGCGUUCGCACUGGUCGUCGACGUUGCCGGCUUGCUACUCGCCAAAAUGCCUGGUACGCAUCUGCUUCCACCAAAUCUGCUAAAGUUAUUCGCUCCUCGGCCACCACUACCAUAUGCACGACCUCUCGAUAAGGACAUUAACCGUGUCAAAAGCAAGAAUGUCUCCGGUGUUGCUGCAAUCCUGGAAAAACUCAAGGAGUCAAACACGGAGAAGCUAAUAGCUGGAAAUAAGGACGGGGAUGGGAUGGAGGAGGGAGAAGAGCCUGUUUACACCUAUGCGGAAGAAAUUAAACGUCAAAUAAGACGUGAAGAACGGCGAAAGCGGAAAACGGAGGAGUUCAAAAAUGCUAAGGAAGUUUAUAAACCUUCUGAUGAUCCGGAGGCGGUUGGUGACCCAUACAAAACAUUAUUCAUAUCUCGUCUACACAAGAGCGCUAAUGAAAACGACUUGCGGAGAGAGUUCGAAGGUUAUGGUACCAUCGAGAGAGUACGUAUCGUCCGUGACAAAAAAAGCCGGAGUCGAGGCUACGCUUUCGUUGUCUAUGAACGAGAACGAGACAUGAAAGCUGCCUAUAAAGAGUCCGAUGGUCUCCACAUCAUGGGCAAGCGAAUUCUUGUUGAUGUCGAGCGUGGUCGAACGGUCCGUGGAUGGAAACCCCGCCGGUUGGGAGGUGGUCUCGGUGGCCGACCUAAACGUGUAGAAGUGCCUGCUGCUCCACCUCCUUCACGCGGUGGUUUCCGUGGAGGCUUUGGCGGCGGAGGCCGAGGAUUCGGUGAUCGUGGUGGAGGAUUCCGUGGUCGUGGCGGGUUCAGCGGCGGACGUGGAGGGGGUUAUGGCGGUGACCGUGGAGGAGGCUUUGGCGGUGACCGUGGCGGCGGAGGCUUUCGUGGAAGUGAUGGAGGCUUCCGGGGUGGUGGCGACAGAGGUCGGGAUUUCGGCGGAGGCGGAUUUAGGGGUGGCCGAGGGGCUGGUAUUGGCUACCAAGGUGGAGGCGGCUUCAAUGAUCAGUCGAAUGGAUACGGACCUCCUUCCGGUGGUGGGUAUGGCGGCCCUCCUGGCGGUGGCUAUGGACCCCCAGGCGGCGGGUAUGGUGGUGGUGGGUAUCGCAACGACCUCAAGCGUGGCGAUGGGCCGGGUGGUUACGAUGAUAGAGAUUCCAAAAGGCCACGAUACUAAUCUAUGGUCAUCUGUCGAGGUAUCUCUGGUUAUCCUGUUCGG